AUGGCACGUCCGCACUUAGCGGGGAGCAAGCUCCGCUUCACCGUCGCGCACGUCUCCGGCGAGGACGAGGACUACCCCGCGCGCGAGCUCCACUUCCACACCCCGCAGACGCGCGGAUGGCAGUGCGCGCGCUUCUCCAAGUUCCCCCAGGAGCUCGUCCUGCGCCUGGACCACCCCGCGCGCAUCCAUCAGAUUCAGAUCCUCUCGCACGAGUAUAAGAUCGCCACAAAAGUGGAGCUCUACACCGGCCUCCUCCCACCGGGGGAGAGCUCCCUGGACCGCGCGGUGAUGCGCCGCCUCGGGCACCUGUCCUUCGACUCGAACCUAUCCAGCGGGCAUCAAGCCCGCGAGCUCAAGUCGGUGCACGUGAACGUCGACGCCGCGGUGCUGCGCCUCGUCAUUCACAAGUGCCACGUGAACAAGCUCAACAUCUACAACCAGGUCGGCGUGGUCGCGCUGAACGUCAUCGGCGAGCCGAUAACCCCGGACGGCGGCGGCGCCGGGUACAUGGCGCAGCAGGCGGACCCGCACGGGCGGCCGCGGCACGCCGGCCUCGCGGACGUCGCGCUGGACUUGGACGUGGACCCGGUGACGGCGAUGAAGAUCCGCGAGAUCUACGCGCUCAAAGAAGCCGCGGUGGCUCGCGAGGAUUACGACGAGGCGAAGCGACUGAAGGACGGCAUCAACCGCCUGAAAGCCGUCGGCGCGAAGGUUGCGCAGCUGGAAGCGAAGAAGUCCAGCGCGAUCGAGGCGGAGGACUACGACGCGGCGAAGCUCAUCAAGGUUGAGAUCGAUAAGCUUCGCGAAGCCGGAGGCGUCACCGCGCUGGGAGAGAGCGUCGGCGUGCGGGGAUCGUACCGCGAACGCGAGAAUGAGCCGGCCGAUCAGAUCUUCAACCGCGCGCUCGACGCGCACGGCGCGAACCCGAUGUCCCCGCCGAAGCAGCCGCAGCAGCCCGCGCCGGUGAUGGAAUUCACCGACCACGGCCCGGACGCCGCCGCGGACGCGUACGAAGACGACGACCGGUACGAAGACCCGACGCAGACGAGCGCGCCGAUGCCGGAUCCGGGUCCCCCGGGGCCGCCGCAGAACGACUACUACGACGCCGGGGGUCUGUCCCCCGCGCAGCUGAAGCAGCUCAGGGCGACGGCGGGCCCGGACGACGUCCCCCCCGCGGCGUCGAACACCUACGGCGGGCGCGACUACGACGAACGACCGGCGGUGAGCAAAGCGGCGGCGGCGCAGAUGCAAGGCGACGGCGGGCUUCCGACGCCGACGCGGUUCCGGGAUAACGACCCGUCCGCGCUCGGGGCGAACAACGACGAGGUCCCCGCGCUCGCGACGGGGCGCGGUGGGAACCAGUUCAGCGAGGACGAGAUGAUGGGCGGAGGAGGAGGAGGAGGAGGCGGCGGCAACGCGGACGCGCCGCCCAAGCCGCCGGGGUUCGGCGGCGGCGACGACCUUCCCGCGCCGGAUCCGAUCCCGCCGUCGAUGGAGGGCGACGCGCGGCCGAUCGUGGAGGCGUUCGGGGAGUACUGCGCGAUGUGCCUGUACAGCAAGAACUGGAUGCACCGCGAAGCCGCGCUCGCGGACAUGGAGAAGAAGGUUUCGAGCGGCGACGUCAAGGGAGACCAGAGGGAGAUUUUCCGCGUCUUGUGCCAACAUUUCGGGCGGCUGUUCAAAGACAAAGUCGCGAACGUGUUCGCGGCGACGUGCAAGCUGCUCACCUCCGCGACGCGGAAGAUGGGCCCGAGCUUAGGCCCGAGGGAGGUUCACAGCGAAGUCUCGCCGCUCGUCGUGCUCCUCCUCGAGAGACUCGGGGACGCGCACGUCAAGGUGAGAGACGCGGCGCACGCUUCCGUGAUGGACCUCGCCGGGAGCGAGAUGUCGCUCGUCGCGAAGCCGCUGACGAAGCCUGUAAGGUCGCAGAGCGUGUGGAGGGUCGUCCUCGGGAGGCUCACGAUCAUGCACGCGCUGAUCCCGCGGCACGGCCUCGCGAAGGAUUCGAACCAAGGCUUAUCGCUCGAGUCGGUGAUGGAGUUCACGGCGAAGGCGUUUGAGAGCCCCAACGGGGACGUGCGGUCCGCGGCGGUGAAGGUCACGCUGGAGUGCUGCGCGAUCGCGGGACGCGCCGUGGAGAAGUUCCUCCCGAGGAACUUGAAACCGGCGAUCCGGGAGAUCAUCGACGAAGGGCUCGGCGGCGCCGCGCCCGCGCCGGCGGCGGCGGCGAAGAAACCGGCGGCGGCGGCGAGGAAACCGGCGCCGCCGCCCAAGGCGACGACGCCCACGCGCCCCGCGCCCGCGGCUUCGCACGGCGCGCCGAACGCGCGCGAGCUCAAGGCUGAGAUCGCCGCGCGCGAGAAGGAGGUUGGCAAGACGCACCCGGACGUCGCCGUCGCGCUCACGGACCUCGCGGCGUUGCACAGCGAGGAGGAGCGAUUCGCGGAGGCGCAGCCGUUGUACGAACGAGCGCUGAGGAUCCAAGAGAAGGCGCUCGGGAAGGACCACCAGGACACGGUGCAGACGUUGACGGACCUCGCGAUCUGCCACCUCGACCAGGGGCACAACGGCGUCGGGCGGCCUCUGCUGGAGCGCGCGCUGGUGCUGCAGCAGAAGGCGCUGGGACCGAAUCACGCGGACGUCACGGCGAUUCGUGACGUGUUGCAAUCCUUGGACGCGGACGAGGGCAUGUGA